ACAUCAUCGCCUGUAGCAGCAACACCAAGCUCGUCUGACAUAAGUUCAUCCACCGUGAUGGCAUCAUCACCUGUAUCAGCAACAGUAGGUUCGUCUGUAACUUCUACUGUGUCUGAUAAGAGUACCUCCAUGUCGAUGUCAACAUUAUACCUGGAAGUAACGCGUACUGUUUCUGAAAGCAGUUUGUUAUCUUUAGUGUCCAUCACUACUUCAGUUUUUAUUUUUCCUUCGGUUUCGACUAGUCUAACACUUGUGUCUUCAAUUGGUAGUCAUAUAUCGUCGGCUUUUACAGUUAGUCCAUCAUCGUCUUGGGUAAUAACUCCGCUGUUGUCGUCUAUUCCUUCUCGUUUAAGCUCUUUCUCGGUAACAACUGAUAUAAUUAGGACAUCAACGUUUAUUGCGUCUUCUCAAUCGUCCCAGGUAUUAUCAUCUUCCGCUGUCAGCCCAACGACGUCUUCACCAACGAAACCCACAGACACCGGUCGUAUGUUUGAAGGAGUUUUGACGUUUACUWAUUUACGGUUUUCUUCGCAAUUACUUGAUAAGGAAAGCAAGGAGUACAAAGAACUUGAAUCAGGAAUAAGAGAGACAUUCAGUAGCUUUUACACAGAGUUUUUUACUGAUUUUAAAAGCUUCAAAAUUAAGCGGUUCAUUGAGGGUGAAACUUUAAGCUGUGAAGUUAUAGUGACGUUUGGUUUCCAAUCGCCGACUACUGCAGCAGACGUAGAAGAUUUUACUAACAAGGGCAAUAACCAAGUCAAUUUUGGUGAUUAUAUACUAUCAAAGGUUAGCUAUAAAGACAUCACUGAUGCAGUAGAGCCYGAGAGAAAAAAGUUUGACGCAGUCGUCGUAAUAACAAGCGUCAGUUUUUCACCAGCAUUAGAGGAUAAUAAAAGUCCCGAAUUCAAAAACUUGUCAAAAAGUUUAGAGGCAGCUCUAAAUGCGGUGUACCAAAAUACCAUCCCCGGAUUUUUAUAUGUUAGGGUUUUGUCCUUUAAAAAAGGAAGUGUAGUUUGUAAUUUUAUAAUUGUUACCUCACCGACGUCCAGUGCAACAGAGACUCAACUGAAGAACGUUUUACUAAAAGCUAACGACAAAGGUGAACUUGGCGAAUUGAAGAUAGCGAAAACUGUGGUUGUUCAAGAGAUUAAGACAUCAAAAGAGCCGAGAACUGAUAAGAUGGAGCUUUGGUUGGUGCUAUUAAUUUCUAUCGGAAGUCCUCUCCUACUAUUGCUUGUCAUUGUUGCAAUAAUAUAUAUUCACCAUCGCAGAAAGCAUAAACGAAAACUGAAGUGUUACAAAUCCAGCUAUCCCAACUGGUUGGCAAACCUGGAAAAGAUUGAGAUGAAAGACUACAAGAGACGACGUGCCACUGAAAUCAGACUACCACGUGACUUCGAUGURUAUAUGGGCGAAGAGAAUGCUAAUGAGGAUGAAGAUCUUCAUCAGAUACAGCCAACUCUGCAUUAUGAAUAGAAAAAGUUAUUCCUGUUGCCUAUCAUAUGGAACAACGGAAUGACAUUCGUUGAAUGUUUAUUGACUGUAUAUUCUAAAAUUACAUUAUUUCUAAAGGAAAGUCCGCCAUUCGAGAAGAAUUGAGGACAAAAUAUGGACUUUUCUAUACUUAUUAACCUACAUAUUAACCUUAUAUUAACCUACAUAAAACGCGAGUACCAGAUAGUCUACAACCGCUGUGCAUGGGUUGAAAUGCAGUACCCAACCGCCAUUCAACACGGCCGUGGUUUAGAUUUUAAAUAAACCCAUAAAUUUGUAAAUAUGAAUCAGUUUUUAUUAAUCAAUGAACUCAAAACUGUACGCCAUGUAAAU